AUGAUAUACGGAUUUACGCCCGUCCUGCUGUUUGAAGCCUCUCAUUGGAACUGGCUGGGACGAUCGCUCUAUCUACUGCUUCUAUUUCUCCUGUCCAUCAAAACAAACACACAUGCUUUAUCGUUGAAGGGCUCUUCCGUCGCAGAAUGCUGUGUGCAUCCCUUCUUCUAUCUCCUGUCUGCGCUCCUCAUCCACCGAAGCCACGCCCAGGAGUGCGACUCCUCUGCACCAACAAUAGAACUUCCUAUCGGAAAUGGCACGAUAGGAGAUGACCCGGGGUCGGUGCGAUGGGGCCUGAGUAUCAGUGUCGGCUCUCCCCCCCAGCAAAUUGUCGCUGCGAUAAAACCCGUUGAUUGGAACAACUCGUGGCUCUGGGGAAGCCAGCGUGAAUGCACCGGUCGAAUCUCCCAGGACAACUGCAUCUGGUUUCGCGGAGGAGUGUUUAACGAAAAAGAAAGCUCCUCCUGGGUCCCCACUGAGAUCCCCGACGGUAGCAUCGGGCUCGGUCGCGCCUCGUCUUUUCUCGAUGUGCUUACGGCUCAGAAAAAGAUUGCUUCCAGGACGUGGUCGCUGUCCUGGGGCUGGCAGGGAUUGGAGGCGUUCCACCAGAUGAAGGGCAACCUCGUCCAGGGUGGCUACGACAGGGCGAAGAUCAAGGGAGAUAACUUUACAAGGGACUUUGUGGAUGUGAAGGAGUGCACGAGUGAAUUAAUGGUCUACGUGAAACAAAUUUACAUCACGACGUGGUAUGGGGACAGAACGGACGUUUAUAAGUCUUCGGGUUCGACUCUCAAUGCCUGUCUCAGGCCUGAUAUCUCGCCUAAUUCGCUGCCUGAUCACGUCUUCAAUAAUUUCAAACGCCGUUUACCUGGGAACUUCCGAGGGAAUCUCACGUUUACCCUCGACUCCGGCCUUAGCAUCACGGUGCCAAACCAUCAACUAGUCCUCCCCAACACCGUCAUAAACCGCGACGGUCACCAGACAUUCGCCAACGACUCCCGUGUAAUCCCAAUCCACAACGCUGGCCGGCAGGGUGCUUCCCUAGGCCAAUCCUUCCUCUCCUACGUGUACAUACACGUCAACAACGAUCUCAAAAGGUUCUCCAUCUGGCAAGCCAACCCAACAGAAGAGACAGAUAUAGUCAGUCUCGCCGCGGGUUCCUGCGAUCCUGACCCCGCAAAUGACUCUGGCUCCGCGAACUCGGACAGCAAGCUGGGAAGGGGCGCCAUUGCCGGCAUCGUCAUUGGCGCAGUGGCUGGUAUCGCGCUCGUCGGACUAGCUAUAUGGUUCCUUAUCUGGCACAAGCGGAAGCGCACGCAGAACCAAGAUGCACGGUUAUCCCAAGCCCAUUCGCAAGCCGUUAUGGCGGCCGAGUCGAAGAAUCGGAUUCCCGAGCUGGAUGAUACUGGGUUGCCGAAUCCGGCUUCCGGGGCGGCAAAGUACGAUCCAGGUGUGAUGGGUGGGAGGUAUGUGAGCGAGAUGCCCACUUCCCCGCUGCCGCAGACACAAGAAACCCCAGUCGAACUGCCAGCUGAUAAUGUGCGGUAUGCGGAUGGCCCUGUUUGA